CUCCCACUCCCACUCCCACUCCUACACAAGCUGCGAGGCUGCAGGGCACACAUCGCCAAGCAAUCUGCAAUCCUCUGACCUCUCGCUCUCGCUCUCGCCGCCACCCGCACACCAACACGCACGCCCGGCUCAGCAGCUCAAGCGCGGACAGCAACCAAUGGCAAGAACCUGCGCGCGCGGCCGUCUCCUCCUCAUCGGCCUCGCCGUGCUGGCCCUCCACCACGUGGCGUGCGCCGCGGCCGCGCUCCGGGCGUCAGCCAUCUCCGCGGCGCCCGAGUACCCGCCCCCGCGCCUUCCCAAGCAGCACCACUCCCACUCCGCGCUCCCGCCGGCGCUGUCGCCUGACAUAAUGCCGGUCCUGCCCUCCCCCGCCGAGGACGGCGCCGCGCCGCCGCUGUCCGACGUCGUGCCCACCAUCCCGUCCAGCCCGAGCCCGCCCAACCCGGACUCGCUCGAGCCCAACUCGGCCCUCGCGCCGUUCGGCUACGCGCCCGCCGUCGCGGCGCAGUCCGCCGCCCCCGCGCCGGCCCGGGCCGCGGCCAGCGUGGCGUGGGCGCUCCCCGUGGGGCUGUUGGCCAUGUGGUUGGUGUAGUGGAGUGGACAGCCAUGGCCCUCGACUCCUCGUGGAUGGUACAGCAGCUGCAGAGACUGGGGCAGAGCAUGUCGCAGCCCGAUCGGGAUCCCCUGACGUCUUGGUCGCUGACGCGUGAGAUCGGGACGACGUAGCGAUGGCUUCGACGUCAGUCGCAGCCUUCGGGCGUGCAGGAGGAAAAGUUGGUCAUUGGUUGGUUGGGUUGGCUCUGCAGCUUGCACUCUUGUCCUUGUGAAGAACUGUUACUUCGUUUCAUCAGUUUUUAGUGCUCUCUCCUGUAAAUUUUAGUUUUCUUUUUCAUUCAUAUUUUUGGGAGGAGUUACAGUAUGUUAUAGCCUUUUGUUUUGUAACCUUUGUCAUGUGGAGAUUAUUUGGGUGAUUCUUGUAAUAAAUUUUGAGGGAUUAUAGUUAAUUUAUCAA